AUGUUCGGCGGCGUGCUCCCAAUGCGCGCCGUGCCCACGUCCUGCCCCGCCGCGGCGUCGGACGGGGACGAGGGGUAUCCCGGGACCGUCGACGUGGACCGGCGCUACAAUCCCGGCUGCUACCUCGCGAUCGGCGCGAAUCCGACGGCCGAGCGGUCGUGGGCGUACCGCGACGCGGACGCCUUCGGCGCCGCCGAGUGGCGACUCGGCGAGGACAACGCGCUGGUGGCGACCGUCGAGGCGCGCCACUUUGACGCGACCUACGUCGUCGGCGGCGACCUCGUCGCUAUGCGGGCGACGCUCUACCGCCGCGCGGGCGCCGAGGCCCUCGCGCGGUGGAACCGCGGGCUCCACGUCGCCGCCGCCCUCGUCGUCAUCGACAUGGACGUCAUGCGGGCGGACCUCCUCCAGCUCGCGGAGGAGGGCGACUUCCAGACGAUCGAGCGCGUCAUCGUGAAGGUCUUAGGCCGGCGGUACCACGGUUGCAUCCGCAUGCACGCGAACCACGUGCCCCUGUCCCUGCCGGCCGCGAGUCUGCCGCAGGACGGUGUCUACGCGACGGCGCGGCCCUGGGCCGAGACGCGCGGCCCGGCGUUCGACCGGGGCUACGAGGCGGGCGUCUACGUCGUCGUCGGGCCGACGCCCGGCUCAUCGCCGGCCUUUGCGGACUUCUCCGACCUGGGCAGCGCCGAGUGGCGCGCGACGGCGGGCCGCCAGCCGACGCUAACCGGCUUCGAGAAGAAGAACGCGGGCGCGGCGUACCGCGUCGGCCCGGAGACCUGGUCGAUGAAGGGCGUCGCGUUCUACCGCCGCGCGCGCGACGCGCUCGCGCGCUGGAACGCGGGCUACCCGCUCGUCGUCAUCUUCCAGAUCGGCGCCAAGCAGUCGCGCAUCCCGCCGGGCCGCGUGUCGCUCGCGGCGGCGCCCGCCGGGACCGCGGCGGCGCCCGCGCGCGCAGAGCAGGGCGGCGACGAAGAGCCCGGCCCGGCGCCCGCGCCCGCGCCGCCGCCCGGCGACGACGAGCCCGCGCCGGCCGCGCGGAGCGACGACGUCGGGCCCGGCCCGGCGCCGCCGCGCAAGAACGAGCCCGCCCCCUGA